UUCUGUCAACAACGAGCGCUUUCCGGCAGAGAACAAUCUUCCACAUGGCCUCCGACCAGGCUGGAACCGGAGAGUGUUUUUGACGGGGGUUGGUCUUGAAUGUACAGAGAAAAAACAAAACAAAACACGUUUUAAUGCGCAGCUGGCACUUUAACAGUCAUUAAAAUGGGUAAAAGUAAAACCACUAAGUUCAAGCGGCCGCAGUUCAACAGCGUCGGGCUGCCGGCGGUCGCUGUGAAGGAAGCCGACCUGGAGGAAGAGGAGCUCGGGGAUGAAAGCUGUCCAGCUGCGGAGCUGCUGGAGAAACUGCAGAGUCCCAGCGCAGAUGUUCGAGAGUUUGCUUGUGCCAGCAUUUCCCGGGUGGUGCAGCAGAGCCAGACCAUCCCAGGUUUCCUCCAGAGGGACGCUGUGAGGCGCCUGGGGCCCAUGUUGCUGGACAAGAGCCUGAAUGUCAGAGAGACGGCCACUGGGGCCCUCAGGAAUCUGAGUGCAUGCGGAGGUCAGGAGGUGUGCGAGGACAUGGUGAAGCACGACGUCAUGACUCCUCUGACAGCACUGCUUAGAGAGUGCUGUGCUGGUUUUGAGAGUGCGUCUGUGUCGAUGACUGAGCAGAAGAAUGCAGUGGAGGAUGUAGCCAACGAGGCUGUGAACCUACUCUGGAAUCUAUGUGAGAGCAGCAGCCAGGCGCUGUCUCUGUUCAACAAAGUGGGUCUCCUGGACGUGGUCAUCCAGUGUCUGGAGAGACACCCACAGAACGUGGAACUGGCCAUUUCUGCUGCCCACUGUUUGCACACUGUGACUGAGGAUAACCCAGAGCUGCUGUGCAGCCUGAACACGGCUGUGCUCGGAGUCCUGGAGAAUGUGCUGCUGUCAUCUCAGCCAACCAUGGCACACACCCUCCUCAGGACGUUGGCUGCAGGGACACUGUGGAACAUGAAGGGCAGCCUGCCUGCUGCCCGUCAGGCCCAGACCCUCAACGCUGUGGUGGCCAACCUGUCAAAGUGCUUGGAUCUGGACUCGGGUACAUUGAUACCUGAGCUCAGACAAGCAGAAGAGGUUCGUCACAGAAACGCUCCAGCUGCACCGGAUGUAGAGGAGCAGGCUGUGGAGGAGAUGGGUCAGGAGGAGGAGGAGGAGGAAGCGCCUAAACACAAGAGGAAUGGAAAAUCUGCGAAAGUUGAUAACGACUUCUCUGACCUCUUGCCCAGGGGCAAGGAGGAGCUGAGGGAGGCAACGGCCUUGCUGACAGCCCAGCAAACGUCCUUAGAGAUCAUCGUCAACAUGUGCUGCUCUGACGACCCUUCCGACGACGAGUGGGAGGAGGAGUCGAGCAGCGACGAAAGCGACUUGGGUCCAGACGGCCUUUGCGACGGAGUGUCCAAUCUCAUGUCUCCUCUGUGUUUGUCAGCGGAGGUUCACGGGGCUUUGAUCAGCUACACCAUCCCUGAAAAGGUCCUCAAAAAGACAGAAUUCCCCAGGAAAGAAGCCAUGGAUGUGUGCCAUCAGAAUCCCUCCUGGAGAAGCCUGAUAAAAAAGAUGCAGCGCGUGCAGUCCCGGGCGCUGACGUGCCUCCACAGCAUCCUCUCCACCAUGGACGCCGAGUCUCUGGGAGGAGCGGCGGCCCUGCAGGGAGCAGCACAGCAUCUGUCCACGCUGGUUUUCGGUGCAGCAGAGAUACCGAAAGACGAGGAGUUCCUGGAGGCCGUCAUCAGCGCCAUGCGGUCUCUCUUACAGAUGAUCGCCUCCAAAAAUAUCCCCCAGUGUAUGACCCCCCAGCAGCUGAUGAGCCUGAGCGAAGCAGCCACCCGCUGUGAAGUUGUCAGUGUGAGGGUCAACGCCGUCGCCAUCCUGGGCAUCACCGGCAGCACGUUGGCCAAAGAGAAGGGCACUGCUGAAACCCUGCAGAUGAUCGGCAACGCCUUGCUUCAAGUCGCCACGAGGGAUGCCGACCUGGUUGUGAACGGGGAGGCCCUUGACGCUCUGUUUGAUGUUUUCGCGGAUGGAGACGAGGCGGAGACAGCCGCUAAAAACAUCCAGUUACUACCUGCACUGAAGGCACUUCAACCUGUCUUCAAGGCCAAGAUCCGCAAAGAGGGAAGAGGCAGGUACAGCCCGCAGCAGCUCUGCGUGCUCGACAACAUCAAAGUUAACCUGAGAAGAUUCAUCGGUUAUCUGGAGAAGGUGGUGAAAAAAUGAGGACUUGAGGACCGUGCUUCACAUUAUGAUCACUCGGACCUGGUCUGGACCGAUAUGCAAAGCAGGAACAUAAAACGAACCAGAAUAUGGUUGUAAAAACCAUCAAGUAUUUAUUAUGUUGGUAGUAAAACCAUUUGUUUUUGCUUGGUUUCAGUGUUAAUAUUCACAAAAAAUAAUGACUUACUAUUGUGUGUUGUAAGACAAAGGGGUGAUAUCUUAAAUUAGUUAUUAGUUACUGCGCGCUGCAGUAAAGAAAGGUUUUUAUUUUUGCUCCCUCAGUUGGUAAGUGUCAUUCAACCCCAAAUUAGUUUAUUUUUAUGUCCACCAGUAACAUUUUUUUAAGAGAUCAGGUGUUUAGAGCUGACACCAGCUCACAUGUGUAUCUUUUAUUGUGCCCCAUGUUUCAGCGGGCCAAAAAAAACAUGUUUGCAGGAGAAGAGUCACUACUUAAUGAGGAGGAGAAGAUUUUGUGUUACAGACACUGUGAUUUUGCCUAAAGAGAAACAAAAUUACUAUAUUAUUUCAGUAACUUUCUAAGCUGGCGUUCACUGCCAACGUUUCUACUGCGUUAAAAUCUACUCUGCGUUUUAGACUUUUGACAUACACAUUGAUUCAUUCUCUACCUCUGCGGGGGGGGAAUGGUGACUUUUGCUUGUGGUCCAUUUCUGAUCUUACCCGUCUGCAAGUCAUCACGGCACUAAAAGCAGUCUGGACAGUAACAUCAUAAAGUAAAUGCUCAGAUUGACAAUAGAUUGGGUGUCACUAGCGCCAAUCAAUGUGCUCCUUCAGCCAGCGGUGCCAUUUUUUUGUUUUUUUUGUUUUUUGCACCUGAUCCAGAGUCUCAUCGUGCUUUGAGUAAUGGACAGCGUCGACGGUUUUACUUACAUUAGUGCAGUUCAUGGUAAAGACUGAAUGUUUACUUACACCCACGAGUGGCAUUUAAUUUAAAUGUUAGAAUGAGCCAUGUUGUGGUUCAGACACAGCUUCCCUGGGAUCAGACAGCUUCUUGGGGAAAUGUAAAUAAAACUGCAUAUCAUUGAUUAAAAAAAAAAGAAAAUGUCAAAGAUUCAUUUGAGGGAGAACAUGUCAUCAGGCUGUAAAAUGAAACCCAUUUUUUUUAAAUAAAUCCUGAUUUCUUAAGCAUU